UUCGGCACAGAACCGCUUCUUAGCGUCUGGAUGAAGAGAACAGAGAGACAGCGGCGCGAGCUGUCAAUGUCUCGGCGAAAAUACUAUUUUUUAUCGCGUUUUUUGGGGGGGAAACUUUGUAUUAUGACAUUUUUCUUUGUAGUUUAUGGUUAGACUUUUAAACUGUGUCAUUGUUAUGUUAUCGAACCACUGAUAAAGUGCUUCGAGACAAUUCCCAAACACCCACCAGGACACGUUUGUGCUACUUUUCCGGGACACUUGUGGAGUUAAACUGCUGAAGCUUUCCAGCUUCUCUCUGGCGACGUAUGAGCUCCUGAAAAGAAUAAUUUCUAUUAUAUUUGUCAAAAAGUUGUUCCGAGAGCCGUCAUGGGCUGCACCAUCAGCGCCGAGGACAAAGCUGCGGUGGAGAGAAGCAAGAUGAUCGAUAAAAACCUUCGAGAAGAUUUAGAGAAGUCCUUGAGAGAAGUGAAGCUGCUUUUACUCGGUGCUGGAGAAUCUGGGAAAAGCACACUAGUGAAGCAGAUGAAAAUCAUUCACGAAGAUGGCUACUCAGAGGAGGAGUGCAGUCAGUACAAAGUGGUAGUCUACAGCAACACCAUCCAGUCCAUCAUGGCCAUUGUCCGGGCCAUGGGGCGCCUAAAGAUUGAGUUUGGGGAUGAGGCCCGGGCGGGUGAUGCCCGUCAGCUGUUUGUGCUGGCUAGUGCAGCAGAGGAAGGUGUGAUGCCAGCGGAGCUCAGCGGCGUGAUCCAGCGGUUGUGGAGUGAUAGCGGUGUUCAGACCUGCUUUGACAGAUCACGAGAGUACCAGCUUAACGACUCUGCUGCAUACUAUCUGAAUGACUUUGACAGGCUCUGUCAGCCCAACUACAUCCCGACCCAGCAAGAUGUACUGCGGACGCGUGUCAAAACCACAGGAAUCGUGGAAACUCACUUCACCUUCAAAGAUCUUUACUUUAAAAUGUUUGAUGUCGGAGGUCAGCGCUCAGAGAGGAAGAAGUGGAUUCAUUGCUUUGAGGAAGUCACGGCCAUCAUUUUCUGUGUGGCUCUCAAUGACUAUGACCUGGUCUUGGCUGAGGAUGAAGAGAUGAACCGCAUGCAUGAGAGCAUGAAGCUCUUUGACUCCAUCUGCAACAACAAAUGGUUUACAAGAACCUCUAUCAUCCUCUUCCUCAACAAGAAGGACUUGUUUGAGGAGAAGAUAGGCAGGAGUCCUCUUACAAUUUGCUACCCCGAGUACAAAGGUGAAAACACGUAUGAGGAGGCAGCGCAUUACAUCCAAAGCCAGUUUGAAGACUUGAAUAAAAAAAAGGCCAGCAAGGAGAUCUACACCCACUUUACUUGUGCCACAGACACCCAGAAUGUGCAGUUUGUGUUUGACGUUAUCACCGAUGUUAUUAUCAAAAUCAACCUGACGGAUAUCGGACUCUACUAAAGAUUUAGGACCUGAAGGUGUCACAAGGGGUUUCUGGUGAUCUUGGCUGGUAUCUGCUAACUGCGGGAAAGGCAGAGGGAAUUGUUUUACAAAUGGACUAAGCCGCAACUAUGACAUCCACAAUUUUGGAGACUUUUGUCAUGAUUACUUUAGUCAUGGCAGAGAGAUGAAGUAAUUUGUGAGAGUGGCUAGCCAAACAAUCACUGUGAGUUCUUUGCUCCUGUGGCAGGUAAAGACUCGGAUACACCAUCGGUAUGUCUGUUUUUCACAGCUGAUAUGUAAAUUUACCUGGUUGAGUGUUAUCUUGCAAAUCUGUGUUACACAUAGCUUUUAGUUUAAAAACUGGGUUGCUGUAUUGCUUUGCAAAGUACCAUAUUUUUCGGAGUAUAAGUCGCUCCGGAGUAUAAAUUGCACCGGCCGAAAAUGCAUAAUAAAGAAGGAAAAAAACAUAUAAGUCGCACUGGAGUAUAAGUCGCAUUUUUUGGGGAAAUGUAUUUGAUAAAACCCAACACCAAGAAUAGACAUUUGAAAGGCAAUUUAAAAUAAAUAAAGAAUAGUGAACAGCAGGCUGAAUAAGUGUACGUUAUUUGACGCAUAAAUGACCAACUGAGAACGUGCCUGGUAUGUUAACGUAACAUAUUAUGGUAAAAGUCAUUCAAAUAACUAUAACAUAUAGAACAUGCUAUACGUUUACCAAACAAUCUGUCACUCGUAAUCGCUAAAUCCGAUGAAAUCUUAUACGUCUAGUCUCUUACGUGAAUGAGCUAAAUAAUAUUAUUUGAUAUUUUACGGUAAUUUCACACAUAAGUCACUCCUGAGUAUGAGUCGCACCCCCGGCCAAACUAUGAAAAAAAACGCGACUUAUAGUCCGAAAAAUACGGUAUACGUACCUUAACUUAUGUGGAGGACAUAGUUUUGUAUUUGGUAAAGAUUAUACAUUACAUACAUAUAAUUCUACUGAACUCCACUGCAGCACAGUCUAACUUUAUGUAGUACAUUAUACUGAACUAUUUUUAUAUUUUUAACUGAGACACAUCACAGCACAGAAAUUCCUAAAAGGGAGUUGAUGAAAUUUCUUGAUUAAUGUUAUUCACUUAGUCGGCUCAAUAUCGAAGCCGUUUUCUUUCAGAAUCCAUGAAGACAUGCAUUUAUGUUUCGCCGCUCUCACCUCAUGCUAAAGACGACUUUAUUCUUCCCUCACUUUUUGUUCAAAGAAGUCCUAUCAGCCAGUUUUCCCAUUUAGAAUUUGCAUGGCUCUCUCUGCAUUUAUAUUAGCUCAUUUUAAAAUCAUUAGAUGCGGGCUGUGCUUCCUUUGUUUGGUUUUAAAUCAAAAAAAUCUUCCACCAGGCGGUUGAUAUCAUCCUGGAAGACGUUUAAUGGCCUUUUGCAAACAAAGCCGUAAAGGUUGUGAUGCAAAGGGGAAGGAGUAUUUUCUGAAAUAUGUGUUUUGAAGUGAUGGUUGAUCGUGAUCAGCCGUUGCUUGUGUAUGUGUAGCUCAACAACACACCACAGACAUCAACAAGUGGGUAGUGGGAAAUGCAGGGAAAGAUUUGUGAAUGCAAGUUUUGGGUUUAUGCAUAAUCAACUAUUGUAAAUAGAGAGACUUUAAAAGACAAGUAAAAUUCCGAUUCAUCCACAAACUUUGAUUCUGUUGUCAAUGUACUUGUUUUAACUGCAAAGGUGUUCUUCAAUUACUGUUCUUGCGAGGUCGGAUGCAACACAUGUUGGGGCUUUGGAAUUGAUUAAUUUCAAACUAAUAAGGCAUAUCUUAUUUAUGUCCAAGUGCCCUGCCGUAUUCAUUGUGUAACUGCUUAAAGACAAUUAUUGUUAACUUACUUAAUAGCAGUGCCUUUGCUCAAUGGAUUUGAACACAAUCAAAGAAAACAAUUGGGACUGGCAAGCUAUUUGUUUUCUUUGUCCAAACACUUUUCUCUGCAAAGGGAUUAAGAGAAUGUGGCAACAAUUCCAAAACACUGCAUAAGCACUGAGGGCAUGAUCUGCUAAGAUCCAAAUUCCACACGUUAAACAUUGUGUGCAAAUUAUAUAAUUUAAUGUACUAUUGAUGGUUGUGUUGCAUGCGAUCUACAAAGACUGCAUGUACAAUUGAUAACAAGUGCAUGAGUGGCGCAUUUUACAUGUACUAUGCGGCUUUCCCCAUGGAGACACUCAUUUACUGCACAUUCAUGUCAUCACCUACCUGUGGUGUUUUGCAGCAGACAUGUACCACUUUUUCCGGGCAUUUUGGAAGCGGUCUAGCUGUGCAUCUACAGUGGAACCCACUUUUUUAAUGUUUUGAUGGCGGAAUGUUCCAGCCGUAAGAAAAUGCAUAUUGCAAGAAUGUUUUUUAUGUAUUAAAAAACUGAUGUCAUUAAAAAAAAAAA